AUGCGCGCACAGCCUAACCGCGAGAACUAUCACCGCGCAGACGCGGCGCAGUCCCGGUGCUUCGAGGCGGCGAGCGUCGGAAGCACGACGAGAGAUAUCCGUUCCUUGCAAACGCAUUUGCGUUUGCAUGCGCAGCCCUCCCGGCAUCGCGCGCGGUGCGCUGCCAUUCCGCCAGACGCUGCCGCCGCCCUUGCAGAACAAAUCGCCUCCGCCGCUCAUGUUGCCGACGCAGCUGCUAGCCUAGCAGACUCGUCCCCCACCGCUACCGCUGCUGCUGCUGCUGCGUCGGGUGACCUGGGGGUGUCUGGAGGCGGAGGACGGUCGGAGGUGACGUGGCAAAUCGUGGUUGGUGCAAUCGGUGAGUUCGCCUCUAAGCUGAUCCCCGUCUUCCCCCUCUUCAACCUCUUCCCCCUCUUCCCCCUCUUCCCCCCUAUCCACCCCAUCCUCCUCAUUGUCAUCCCCCACCCACUGUACCAUCCCUGUCCGUGCCUUCCCCUCUGUCGUCCCUGCACCAAUCACCACGUGCCAGCUGGCGUGAUCCCGUUCAUCGUGGCGUCCAUUGAGUUCGGCAAGCGCAUUGUGAGUCACCUCCCCCCCUGUGUCGCCCUGCAGCGCAGCAGCGCUGUGAGGCGUGUCGGGGGUCGGGGCUGCAGCUCGUGGGGCGCUUCUACCGCCGCUGCUCCGCCUGCGGCGGUUUCCUGCCUUGGCAAUCCUGGCGCAGGUUCUUCCUAG